AUGGAAAGUAAAGCGUCUUUUAUACCCGUUAUAGCUAUUGUUGGGAAUCUGUUUUAUUUGAUUACUCUGUAUAAGAAUCCUAGUUUACAAAAUCGAAUCAAUAACAAUUUUAUUGGGAACUUAGCAGCUGCUGAUUUAUUAACUGGUUUAUUGGCUAUUCCAAUGGUUCUAACAGUAAUCAUUAUGGGAUCGUCUGUACCUUCUACCAUAUGUCAAGCGCAAGCUUUCCUUGUUGGAUGGUUCUAUGGAGUAUCACUAACAAUUGCAGCCGUUAUUUCUAUCGAUCGCUGCAUAAUUGUUGUUCAACCAUUGCGUUAUCCCAAUUUAAUGACACCGAAUAAAGUUAAAGUAUUGAUUAUUUUUCCUUGGGUAUUUUCUCUAAUAAUUUAUAUCGUGCCAUUGUUAGGUUUAGAGAAUGUUGGUUUGGGGAGAUAUGGGUAUAAAGAUUAUUGUAGGCUAGACAGUUCUAUAAUUUCUAUUGCAAUUGAGCGAGAGGAAGAAAACUGUAGCAAAGGAUUUGCUAUUGGAAGUCCUGAGGAAGCUCUUGUUUUUGGGGCAUCCGAUGUUAUUGCAUCAAUUUACUUAAUCCAUUUAAUCUUAGUCAUUUCUAUUGUCGUCGGUUGUUACAGUAUUAUUUUUUAUAUUGCCUGCCAAAAAAAUUUAGCUUGCGAUCGAAAUAGAGCUAGAAGUAUUAUUAAAUCAAUUCGAACUACCGCUACUAUAGUAGGCACAAAUUUAUUUUGUUGGAUACCAACCACUGUUCUUACUAUUUUAGAUCUAUCUGAUUUUGAAAUUUUCAAUUUGCUACCAUUUAAAGUUUCGGUUAUAUUCUACAUCUUAUUCUUGGCAACUGCUGCUACUAAUCCAAUUAUUUAUAUUUGGAGAAGCCAUGAAUUGCGUAAUAGAGUAAUUACUACCGUUUGUUACAAGAGAAAUAGAAUUAUGCAUUUGCAAAGAAAUCUUUGA